AUGAGUAGUAAAGGACGUCAAUGCGAACUGAAGUUUGGUACAUGGAACUCCAAGUAUGGGUCGUUGAUCGCAUGCUACACUCCUGGUUGGGAAGCGCACACGUCGGGCAACUUACCCACAAGCAUUCACCUACGCGAUCAGGAGCAGCGGUCCGAGUUCAAGUCAAGUUCCUCUACCGACCACGUUACCAUGUUACUGCAAGUGGCCAGAUGUAUCGUAUUGGGCUUGUCCGAGAUCAACGCACCCCCGUUUUUGAGCUAUUCGAACGCAUGUGUACAAUAUGCUUCCAUACUCUACGACGUGGAGGCAUUGCGGUAUGCGGCGGAGGAUGUUGAGGACAGAGGACACACAAAUUUGUACUUUGUGUACCUGCGUCGUGGUCGAUUCGGAACAGCCGGUUUUUCCACGGGACCGGGCCUAGUUCCCUAUUUUCGUGUACCCGCACCCUACUGCGAUCUCGCGGAAUUGGAGAAGGAGAAAUUGUGUUUAGGUACAGCCUCCAGGGAAUCUCGGGGACCAAGUUUCUCCGCCCCGUCCUCCCUUCCUCUACCUCCCCAACCUCCACCACACCCCAUGUAA